GCGAGCGGGCACGAGCUCAGCGGGCGACCAGAGCGGCAGCGCGGGGGAGAAUCAUGUCUCUGUACCGGAACUCAGCAUGGUUCCUCAAAGGACUCACCGAAUUCACCAAGGGGGCGUUUCUGUCGGCGUCUAAAAACUUUGUAGAGAAAGACCUGGAGACGUCGAUGGCGGGCCGAUCCUUCAUGAUCACUGGAGCCAACAGCGGCAUAGGGAAAGCAGCCGCCAUGGCCAUCGCCAAGAAAGGUGGUACAGUCCACAUGGUCUGCAGGAACAAGGACAAGGCGGAAGAAGCCCGAGCUGAGAUCGUCAAAGAGUCUGGAAACAAAGAGAUCUAUGUGCAUAUUCUGGAUCUGUCCGAGACCAAGAAGUGUGGGGAGUUUGUAGAGUCUUUUAAGAAAAAGUACAAGACCCUCAACGUCCUGAUCAAUAAUGCCGGCUGUAUGAUGACUAAGAGGGAAGUGAAUGGUGAAGGUUUGGAGAAAAGCUUCGCUAGCAACUCUCUGGUCUUUUCUUAUGGUGGCUGA